CGCACGUUGUCUCGCUCUCUCCCUCCCCUGUGUGUCUGUGUCUCUGCCUCGCCCUCGCUCUGAGUUAUAAAUAAGCUUUCACUCAAGCAUUCAGGACGACUUAUGCACUUUGAGGCAACUUCACAACAUCACAGCAUCAGUCAGAAAAGUCUCGGCCCGUCUCCGUCUUUGGCAUCAAUCCGACCGCCGGCACUCGCACCAGGCCCGUCCAGACUUUGGAAUUGCACCGACGACUGCAAGCGGCGAUAUGAUGGUUUCCACGGCGAAGGCAGUGGUCUAUCUGUCCCUGUGUCUUUGUGUGUGUCAGGUCAGAGGAUCGCACAUCCCUGAAAAGAUGAACAGAACCAUCCAGAACCUCCUGCGUACCUAUAAUAUUGGGGCCUUAGAGAGAUACAACGGGACGCCCGUGUUCCCCAGGGAGCCGCUGGUCGACAGUAUGGAGAAAUCGCAUUUAUCAUCUGCUGAAAAGAUGACGUUCAUGGGCGGCGUUUUGGAGACGUAUGAAAAGCUGCUUGGCCAAAUGUUGGAGCAGCGGCCGAACCUGACUCCCCCGACAGCCGGGGGCAGAGAGGGUCUCGACUCGGCUGCCAACGCUGUCCCGGGGGCCGGCGAUGAUGAGGUCAGGACGGACCUGAUGUACAUUCUGGGGAAGAUCCAGGACCUGAAGAGGCAUCGCUACCAGGAGCAGAGCAAACUGCUGCAGAGGCUGCACGACCUCGGGAAAGUCCAGAUGGAUGACCGCACCAUCCAGAGCAAGGCAUUGGGCGAGCUGCCGUGGCUGUACGCGGAGGCGAGUUCACUGAGCAGCAUCAAGAAGCAGACGAGGCGGCGGCGGAGACAAGCGAGGAAGGUCAUAGGUCAUCAGUGAGCCUGAGACGCCAAGAAACUCAACAUCGACCAAAACAAAAGUGAAAAGCAAAAAUUUAAUUGUUGGAAAGUUAAUGAUAAAUGUUUAAGAUGUUGAAAUAUAAUGUUUCUGUUCUGUUUUAUUAAGAUAAUAUUUAAAGGAUCAUAUCACAGUGAACCAGCAGUCUAAGCCUUUUGAAAAUAUUGGAGUUUUAUGUAUUAUUUAAGGUAGUUUGGUGUUUUUAUACUUGAACAGGUUAAUGGGUCCAGAGACUUUGACUCAGUUUCACCUGGAAACAUUUGAUUCCCUGAUUAUCUUUUGUAUUUUACUGACAUGUUGUAGUUUUCUAUAUUUAUUUUCAUAUUUAAAGUCUAUAUUUAAAACUGAAUCUAUUGACUGACGGUUGAUUUAUUUAUUGUGUAUUUAUAGAUUGGCACAUGCAAGAAAAAUGUGAAUAAAACAGAGUGAACCUCA